AUGGUUGGCUUCAGUAAACAACUGCUUGUAGCAGCGGCUGCUUGUGCAAUUGUUCAAGCCCAUCCCCGUGGAGGCUUCCAGUUCACCAGUCUGAACUCCGCCUGGGCCGUCAAGCGCGCCCUGUACAACCUCGACGCAGUCUCCGACCAAGACCACAAAGACAAACUGACCCAAGGCCUCAAAGACGCCAUCACCAUCGCCGCCAAAACGCUCGAGAAAAUGGACGACGAACAGCACCUCGACAAGCUCGAAUAUUGGUUCGGCGACCAACACUCCGACGCCAACGGCCGCGAGCAGGUUAGACAAGUCUACAAGAACUUUGUUGGCGAAAACACCGACGGCACAGGCGCCGACGUCAACGGCGACGUCAUCGUCGACGACACGGAUUACUGGAAGCCGAAAGCAGGUCAGGCGCCUAAUGCUGAUGGCCAAACUCCAUUCUGCUCGUUGCAACAGGAUGGCAAGACGGGGACUGCUUAUUUCAAGCGCCACAGCGACAAGAGGCCCGGCAUGCAUUUCUGCGACAAAGUCUGGAGCAGAGACAAUCUCGCUGCUCUACUCGCCAAUGACUGCAGCAAGCUUAGUGGCCAGGUUAGCACUGCGACGUGGUCGAAGAACUUUAUCGGAUCGAAUGUGCUGCAUGAGUUUAUGCACUACCCCAAAAUCGGCCAAGAAGCCCUCGGCACGCAAAUUACAGACUGGAAAUACGACGCUUUCCAAUGCCACGCCCUCGCCGUAAACGACGACGUAAACGAACGCGCCAAAACCCUCACAAACGCAGAUACAUAUGUGUGGUAUGCACUCCACAUUGCCUUCACCGAACUCUGCGGCAGAAGCUUCUCGGGCCCCCGCGAUGAGCGCGACGACGACCCCACGAACCAAGACUGGCCAGAUUCGGAUCCCGAAGAGGAUGCGCAGACGGAUACGUGCAAUUGUACUGAGAAUGGGUGUGCGCCGGAUUCGCCUACGUGCUGUGCUAAUGGCACUUGUUAA